GGUGAAAUCCAAGUCUGCUUUUCGUCGACCAGUUUUGAUGGGUAGUUGACAGUGGUUAUAAAGUCAAUUACCUAUUAAUUAUUUGUUAUUUAUUGGACUUUAAAAUUAAUCACUUAAUAAUUUAGGAACAUAAAAAGUUAUAAUUUGGCCCAGUAGAUUUACUUAAUGUAUUAGUUGUACAUAAUAUUUCAAAUAUCACAAUCUUUUAAUUGUUGUUUAUUUUUGUUUGUUCAUUUUCUUUAGGUCCUAUUGUGAUCAAUAGUGAGUAAAUUUUGGUAAACUAAUCUUUACAAUAUGAUCAAGCUCUUUUCUUUGAAGCAGCAAAAGAAAGACGGUGAAGCUACCCCUAAAGCUGGGAACCAGAAGAAGGCAUCAGCAGCACAACUGAGAAUUACAAAAGAUAUUAAUGAGUUGAAUCUUCCAAAAACCUGCAAUACAGAAUUUCCAGACUCAGAUGAUCUGCUCAACUUUAAGCUUGUCAUUUCUCCAGAUGAGGGAUUUUACAGAAGUGGAAGGUUUGUGUUCAGUUUCAAGGUGGGGCCUAACUAUCCGCACGAACCUCCCAAAGUAAAGUGUGAAACCCCUGUUUACCACCCCAACAUUGACCUGGACGGAAAUGUUUGCCUCAACAUUCUGAGAGAAGACUGGAAGCCUGUUUUAACCAUAAACUCUAUCGUUUAUGGAUUGCAGUAUUUAUUUCUGGAGCCAAACCCAGAAGACCCACUGAACAAGGAGGCAGCUGAAGUGCUGCAGAAUAACCGACGGCUGUUUGAACAGAACGUGCAGAAGGCAAUGCGAGGAGGAUACGUUGGCUCUGUGUACUUCGAGAGGUGUCUCAAGUGAUGAGGCCUGCACGGCGACUGACUGUGAUGUGAUCUGUACGUGUCCGUACUUAGGCAUACUCAAAUUGUACAUAAUAUGCUUUCGAAAACUGUUCUUUUCUCAGGUCACAAUUUCUCUCUUUCUCUUUGUGCUUAUCAAGGAAAUGUAAUGUAUAUUGCCCACGAUUAUUAACACAAAUACUACAGUGUAAAUGAUAAAAUUAGGCCAAUUCAUUGUAUUAUAUUUGUAAUCCAUAUUUUAUUGUUAUUUAAUUCUAUAAUGUGCUAUCGUUUAUAAUUUUACACAAUUAAUUUUUUUUAUGUUAUGUUAGUAUUUUAUCUUGGAUAAGGCCAAUGUAUUAUUUUAGUUGAAAUUAAAAUUGAAGGUUGAAUUGGAUUUUUGAAGUUUUUGUAUAUAAUUAUUGACUCAGUCAUUCACUCAGUCUUAUUGUUUAUUAAAUAAAAUGUAUCAAGCUAAGGACAGUGUAUGCAAAAGCCGUAAGUACCUCAAAUUACUUUUAUUUGGUUUUUAUUUCAAGAAUUAUUUGCUUCAAAUUAUAAGACUUGGCUGGCUGUCCACUAGGCUUUGUUGUAUGAUGAUGUGAUAUUAAUAUUUUAUUCUUUUAUUUUGUGUAUUUAAGACAAGUGAAAUACCAGUGUAAAUCUCAACCUUCAUAGUAUAUGUUUUUAAUUCAGCUGAGUUACUUACAUACAUAAAUGUGCGAUCUCGACAACUAAAACCAAUCCUUUUGCAUUUCAAAAAACUAUUAAGAAAAUGUAUCUAGGUUAUAAUUGUAAUAAGAUGUGAAUUAAUACCAAAAAUAUUGAGUUUUAAUUUCCCUCUUACUAAAGCAAUGAAUUGAAGAAUAUGUCAUUUGGAACAGAAGCUUAUAAAUGCAUGUGAAUGUGCCUAUUUAAAGGCACUAAAUGUUAGAAACAGCAAUUACUGGGUCUAUGAGAGACCUGAAAAGGACAUAAUUAAAUUAUUUAUGAUUGUAAUUUAUUAUUUUUUAUUGUACAGGACUCUCAGAUAAAGACAAAAAUAAAUUAAUUUUAACAUGC